CUAUCAAAUUCAUGACGCGUCGAUUCGCCACGGAGCGACCUAACACCCUGCUCUUGCGUUCGUUUUCCUCUUUCCCCGGUCGCUCUGUACGCCUCGCUUUUCCUCUGCCCCGUCCGCCAUGGAUCGCGCAGCCGCCGCUCCUCCUGUUUCUAUCGACACUAUCAAUCCCAAGGUUUUGAAAUGUCAAUAUGCUGUUCGUGGUGCAAUUGUCAGCCAUGCCCAGAGGUUACAACAAGAGUUGCAAACCAGUCAAGGAUCUCUUCCUUUUGAUGAGAUACUGUACUGCAAUAUUGGGAAUCCUCAGUCUCUUGGUCAGCAGCCAAUUACCUUUUUCCGAGAGGUUCUUGCACUAUGUGAUCAUCCAGCCCUUUUGGGCAAAAGUAAUAUUGAUGCCUUGUUCAGUAAAGAUGCCAUUGGAAGAGCACAGAAGAUACUAGACUUGAUUCCUGGAAGAGCAACAGGAGCAUAUAGUCAUAGUCAGGGUAUUAAAGGCCUACGAGAUGCAAUUGCAGCUGGCAUUGCGAUUCGUGAUGGUUUUCCUGCCAAUGCAGAUGAUAUUUUUCUAACUGAUGGAGCAAGCCCCGGAGUACACAUGAUGAUGCAGUUGUUGAUAAGGUCUGAGAAUGAUGGCAUCCUUUGCCCCAUUCCUCAGUAUCCAUUGUACUCUGCAUCCAUUGCUCUUCAUGGUGGCUCUCUUGUCCCAUAUUACCUUGACGAGGCAACAGGAUGGGGGUUGGAGAUUUCAGAUGUUAAGAAACAAUUAGAAGAUGCUCAAUCCAAAGGCAUAACUGUUAGGGCAUUAGUGGUUAUAAAUCCAGGCAAUCCCACUGGACAGGUUCUUGCUGAGGAAAACCAGAAGAAAAUAGUUGAAUUUUGCAAGAAUGAAGGGUUGGUUCUUCUAGCAGAUGAGGUAUAUCAAGAAAAUGUCUAUGUCGACAAUAAGAAGUUCAACUCUUUCAAGAAGAUUGCAAGGUCAAUGGGAUAUGGCGAGGAAGACCUUUAUUUAGUAUCAUUUCAAUCAAUUUCCAAGGGUUACCAUGGAGAGUGUGGAAAAAGGGGAGGUUACAUGGAGGUAACUGGUUUCAGUGCUGAAGUUAGAGAACAGUUCUACAAAGUGGCAUCUGUCAAUCUCUGCUCCAAUAUCUCUGGCCAAAUUAUUGCUAGUCUUGUCAUGAAUCCACCAAAGGUUGGAGAUGAAUCUUAUAAAUCAUUUAUCGCUGAGAAAAAUGGGAUUCUUUCAUCGUUAGCUAGGCGAGCAAAGGCUUUAGAAGAUGCAUUUAACAGCUUAGAAGGUGUAACAUGCAACAAGGCUGAGGGAGCAAUGUAUCUCUUCCCACGCCUUCACUUGCCUCAAAAGGCGAUUGAUGCCGCCAAGGCAGUUAUUGCAGCACCAGACACGCUCUAUGCUCGCCGCCUUCUUGAUGCCACUGGUAUUGUUGUUGUUCCCGGAUCUGGCUUUGGGCAGGUCCCUGGAACAUGGCAUGUGAGAUGUACAAUCCUUCCACAGGAGGAUAAGAUUCCAGCCAUUAUAUCCCGGCUCAAGGCGUUUCAUGAAGCAUUCAUGGAUGAAUUCCGCGACUAAGCCCAAAGACAAGUUAAUGUGCUUUUAUGACCAGGAAUACAACUACUAUCACCAGAUCACCAAAUAUAAUAAGCAUCCCAACCAUCCAUGCAGUCCUUUUUGCGGAUGGAUCAAUCACAUACUUUUGCUUCAAUUGUGAUGACACAAAGCAUAAUAACAGCCAUAUCUUAUGUAUUGGUUUGAACUAAAAUGAUAUGGAAUAUUUGUAGGACUAUUUGAUUUUUGGGCUGUUGAUAUGAAAACAUUUUUUUUCCU